GCAAGCCUUCCAAGAUGUUUCAUGGUAUUGUUUUGCACUCUUAAGUAUGAUAUAAAUAUAACUAGUUCAACAUGAUGCUGUGGAAUGUAUUUUUCAAGAUUGCAAUAAUCCUUACUAUUGUAAGUCAAGUAAUUACUGGAAAUAAUACGGAAGAGUCCUUUGAUCUAGGCGAUAUAAGUAUUCCAUUGGACGAUACUCCGAGUCAAGAUUAUAGCGUAAAAAAAACUAAGAAUGGAAGAAGACAUUUAUUCGUAGGGGGUUGUAGUAAAGAACCAGAUCAACUUAUAAAUGGUAAAAUACGAUGCUCAAUGGAUAGUGGCUGCAUAGCAGCUUGCAAUCCGAAUUACAAAUUUCCAAAUGGUGCAACACAGCUGGCUGUAUCUUGUAAUAAUAAAGAGUGGCACGUAGUUGGCACUGAUUGGAAUUCUGUACCUCACUGUGAACCAAUUUGCAUGCCAGAGUGUUUGAACAAUGGAGUAUGUGUUGCACCUCAUCAGUGCAAUUGUCCUGAAAAUUUCAUUGGUCCUCAAUGCCAAUUUGAGAAUAAACCAUGCAUGGAGUAUCCUCUUCGAGUGUCCAAUUCUCACAAGCAGUGUAAUUCAAAAUCGUGUACCAUAUCCUGUAUGACCAAUUACACCUUUCCGGAUGGCACCUCCAUUACUAAUCUUCUAUGCAAGAAUGGAAAUUGGGUUCCUACUAGGCAAGAUUGGGUAUUUGUGCCUAAUUGUGAACCUGUGUGCGAUCCACCUUGUCAAAAUGGAGGGAAUUGUCUUCCAUCGAAUUUUUGUCAGUGUCCACAAGCAUACAGAGGACCCCAGUGUCAAUAUUCCGCUGAUGCCUGCAGUGGUGAGAAAAUGGGGUUCAAUGGUGGCUUCUACUGUAGUAGUGAUGGUGAUAGUUACUCUUGUACUUUAAACUGUCCUGUUGGAGUAGAAUUUGAAUUUCCUCCUGUAACUACAUACAAGUGUCUCUACGAAACUGGUGUCUUUGAACCACAGCCAAUACCGCAAUGCAAGUACAGCGAAAAUAAGAACCUGAUUUCUUUAGGGGCCACAUACAACUCUUAUAUUAGGGAAAGUAAUCAUACAUGGACAUAUGAGGAUAUCUUCAACUCCAAUACAAAAUCAUCUUCGUUGGAUAAAACCAACUACGACAUCAUGGGUUUUUAUAAUAAUCUCAAGAACAAUAUGACCUCGGAAGCGAUGGUAUUCAAUUCGAUGAAAGACAAUAUGUUAUUCUUCGAGGAGAAGCGCCCAGUCCCAAAAACUUGUUUCACUUGGGGUGGUGUACAUUACAAGACCUUCGACGAUAAGGUCUUUAGCUUCGACAGCGACUGUUCUCAUAUUCUAAUCCAAGAAGCACAGGACAGGGUCUUCACCAUAAUAGUAAAAAACAGCCCAACUUGCAAGACCCAGGAUUGUUUCAGAAUCAUAAAGAUCUUCGUUGGAGAAAAGGAGUACACUUUGUCGAGGAAUGAAGUCGGUGUUCCAGAAUUUCGAACUCCGACUAAAUUGCUACCUAUUCCAGCGCAACUUCCGACUUUAAGGGUUGAGAUGUCUGCGCAUUUUAUCAUCGUAACUCUGGACUCUUUAGGCAUCCAGUUGAAAUGGGAUGGUGCCCUCAUAUUGCAAAUUGGAGCCCUUGAAAAUAUGUGGAAUAGAACGGUUGGUCUCUGUGGUACUAUGAACAGUGAUAAAAAUGAUGAUCUAAUGGGGAAAAAUGGGGAUCCUGUAAGAAACAUCGCAACCUUUGCGUCCUCCUGGCGAACAGAGAAUAUUGCAGAGAUGUGCGAUGAAUAUCCAAAUAUUCGUCACUCUUGCGAGUCGAAUCCAAUUCUUGCUACAGAAGCUAUCCAUUUUUGUAUGAAGCUACUCUCUGAUCGCAGAUUCCUGGCUUGUGCUAAUACGAUUAGUAUCCCCGAACUGCAGACGGCGUGUUUAUGGGAUUAUUGUUCUUGCAUGCACGACGACAAGAGGAAAUGUGCCUGCGACACGAUGAAUGUUUAUGUCAGACAAUGUGCUCAUAAGAAAGUCGUGUCUUUGGCUCAUUGGAGAAACAAUGAUACUUGCCCUAUGGUUUGUAACAAUGGACGAGUGUACAUGCCCUGUGGUCCAGAAACAGAAUCAUCCUGUUGGACAGGAGUAGAAAGAAAACUGAACCCUGACAGUUGUGAGGAGGGUUGUUUCUGUCCAAAAGGAACCGUGGCUCAUGAAGGAAGAUGCAUAUACCCUGACGAAUGUCCUUGCAGAUUACGUGGAAAGCUAUUUGAGCCUGGGAAGAGUGUACAGAAAGACUGCAACACUUGCACAUGUUCUUCUGGAAAAUGGAUAUGUACUCAAACUAGAUGUAAUGCUAGAUGUUCUGUCAUUGGAGAUCCUCAUUACACUACUUUCGAUGGACGACAUUAUGAUUUCAUGGGAAAAUGUAAAUACUAUCUGAUGAAGGGAGAUGAUUAUAGUAUCGAGGGUGAAAAUGUUCCCUGUUCUGGUGCAAUAUCAGAGAGCCUGGGACUUAAUCCAACUGAUACACCAUCUUGUACAAAAACUAUAACGAUUAAUUAUAUGGACACUUCUAUCAAAUUAAAGCAAAAUCGUCAAGUAUUAAUCAAUGGAGAUGAUUUGACAAUGUUUCCUAUGUUCGUCAAUGACAUCAGGAUACGCAUUGCCAGUAGUAUAUUUUUAGUUGUUCAUUUGCCAAAUGGUUUGGAAAUAUGGUGGGACGGUAUCACCCGCGUCUACAUUACUGCUCCUCCCGAAUUUCAUGGCAAAACUAAAGGCCUUUGUGGCACGUUCACGGAGAAUCAGAAAGAUGAUUUUGUCACACCACAAGGUGACAUUGAAAAUACGGCUGUCUAUUUUGCUAAUAAGUGGAAAUCAGAGGAAUAUUGUCCCAACGUUGCAGAAAAGGAAUCGGAUCACCCUUGCGAUAUGGAUCCACAAAAAAGAGCGACUGCAAAACAAUACUGUUCCUAUUUGUUCAGUGAAUUAUUUGCUGGUUGCCACUGGCAUGUGGAUCCAAAUGCGUUUUACGAAGAUUGCAUGUUUGAUAUGUGCUCUUGUAAGGUUCAAGUUGAAUUGUGUCUCUGUCCUAUAUUGGCAGCCUAUGCGAAAGAUUGCGCUACUGCUGGAAUAAAACUCUUAUGGCGACAGGAUGUAAAUGAGUGUAGAAUACAUUGUCCCGAAAACCAAGUCUAUCAGAUUUGUGGAAACAGUUGCACAAGAUCCUGUGGUGACAUAUCUUCUUAUAAGGACUGCAAACAAGAAUGCGUAGAGGGAUGCAAUUGUCCAGAGGGUCAAACAUUGGAUGUUCAUGGAGAGUGUAUCCCAGUUGGACAAUGUCCUUGUACAUAUGCAGGAUUAGAGUUUAAGGCUGGACAUCGGGAAGUUAGACCUGGAAACAAAGCUCUUGAACUUUGCACCUGUGCAGGUGGCAUUUGGAACUGCCGACAAGCAACGUCAGACGAAAUUCAAGACUAUCCAGCAACCAAGGAUCUUUUGACCUCUUGUAUGGCAAGUCAACAUUUAGAAGUGACAGAUUGUGUACUAGCAGAACCUCAAACUUGUUACAAUAUGCACAAACCAGUUAAACAGUCAUCUAUUUGCAAAUCUGGUUGUGUCUGUAAAUCUGGCUACGUUUUGAAUGAACCAGGUGGUUUCUGUAUUAAAGAAGAGUCUUGUCCAUGUCACCACGGAGGUCAAAGUUACGUGGAAGGAUCUAGUAUUCAGAACGAGUGCAAUACUUGUCAAUGCACGAAUGGCACAUGGAAGUGUUCGGAUAUAAUAUGUUCAGGAGUUUGUUCUGCUUGGGGUGACUCGCAUUACAAGACAUUCGAUGGAAAAAUUUAUGAUUUUCAAGGAAUGUGUGACUAUAUCCUGACUAAAGGUUCGCUAGGAAAGGAUGAAUCAUUCGACGUGUCGAUUCAGAAUAUACCUUGUGGAACAACUGGUGUAUCCUGCUCUAAAUCGGUUAUUCUUACGGCUGGAAAUAGCGAAAGUCCUGAAACAAUUACUUUAACAAGAGGAAAGGAACUACCAUCAGGAAUCUUUAAGAGAAUGGCAAUGAGAACAGCUGGAUUGUUCGUGUUCAUAGAUGUGCCAGACCUGGGACUGACACUUCAGUGGGACAAAGGUACCAGAGUCUACAUAAGAUUAGAUCCCAGGUGGAAAGGCCGUGUAAAGGGCCUCUGCGGUGACUAUAACGAUAAUAGCGAGGACGAUUUUAAAACACCUUCCGGUGGUAUAUCAGAGGCGUCCGCUAAUUUAUUUGGUGAUUCCUGGAAGAAGAACGAUUUCUGUCCCGAACCUAGAGAUGUGACAGAUCCCUGUGAACAACAUCCAGAACGGAAAUUAUGGGCUGUACAAAAAUGUGGAAUACUGAAGUCUUCCAUUUUCUAUCCAUGCCACUCUGAAGUUGAUGUCGAAAGCUAUUUACAUAAUUGCAUUUUCGACACUUGUGGCUGUGAUACAGGGGGUGACUGUGAGUGUCUUUGCACAGCCUUGGCAGCAUACGCGCAAGAGUGCAGUGCAAAAGGUGUUCCUAUAAAGUGGCGUAAUCAAGAUUUUUGUCCUAUCCAAUGCGAUAAAAACUGUAGCACAUACUUCCCUUGCAUCACAACGUGUCCCCGUGAAACUUGCGAUAAUUUAAUGAUUUUGAAGGACCAGUCUCACUUAUGUUCUCAAGACACUUGCGUUGAAGGAUGUUCGGUUAAACCCUGCCAUGAAAAUCAAGUAUACAGUAACGAUAGCUACACAGAAUGCGUUGCUAGGGAAAAAUGCAAGACACCCUGUACUGAAAUCAAUGGAGUAACUUAUUAUGAAGGUGACAGUGUUAGCAAUGACAAUUGUCAGGCAUGUUUCUGCAGUCGUGGGAAAAUAUUGUGCAAAGGAGAACCUUGUACAACUACUUCUGUUCCAACCACUGUUCUAUUAGAGGAACCACAGCGUUGUAUAGAUGGUUGGACUGUUUGGUUGAAUCAGGAUCCAGCAAUUAAGGGAAGAAAGAUUAAAGAUGUUGAACCUCUACCCAGCAUGUUGACUUUGGUAAAUGAAAAAGAAUCCGCAGUAUGUGACAAAAAUCACAUGAUUGACAUAAGAUGUAGAUCCGUGAAGAACCAUUUAACUCCAAAAGAAACUGGUUUGGAUGUAGAGUGCAGUUUAGAGCGUGGUCUUUAUUGUCGUUCUCAGCCUAAUCUUCCCUGCAUCGAUUUCGAAAUCAGUGUUCUAUGUCAAUGUUCGGCAACUACCACAGAAGAAAUUCAUAAUAUAACAGUAACUCCGACUUCCGUGAUACCGACGUAUGAGGAGUGUAGCGUGGAACAUCCUAAUAAACCACAUCCUACAGAUUGUCAUCUAUUUUAUCAAUGCACACCAGGAAUGAACGGAAAUGAAUUUGUAGAAAAGUCGUGCGGAGAAAAUAUGUUUUACAACCCACAGUUACAGAUUUGCGACUGGCCAGCUAAUGUUAUUUUCUUGAAACCAGAAUGUUCUGAAAAACGGACAACAUCAACUAAAACUGAAUGGACAAUCGAUCAGAAAACGAAACACAGAACAACAAUAUCAACAACUUUAGAGAAAAACAUCAUAACUACGAAAGCUUGUAAGGAAAGCGAAAUGUGGAGUGACUGUGCUAUUAAUUGCAACAAAGCUUGCGAUUACUAUCGGUAUACCUUGUUACAGAACGGAAUUUGUAACAGUGCAUCUGACUGUAUACCAGGGUGCGUCCCCUUGGGAAGACCAGAGUGCCCUCCACACAAAUUCUGGAGAGACGCUCUAUCUUGCGUCGAUGAGACCGACUGUUUUUGCAAAUCUCAUGAAGGAGAUCCUGUUAUUCCUGGUUCUGUCUUGAAGGAAUCAGAGUGUGAGAUCUGUCAGUGCAUCAACAAUUAUUACACUUGCGAUACGUCAUCAUGUGCCAGUGUAACUGAUCAGGGACCGACUGAAAAGAAUGUUACAUAUUUACCCACUGAACCAACUACCGUCUCGAAUUUCCCUUCGUCUGAAAAGCCUACAACGCCAAGUCUCGAGGAAAAAACUAUUGUUGUACCUAGCACUGUUACACCACCAGCGUAUUGUAUUAGCAACAAUUUUGUUCCUCUCAUUCAAUACUUGAACGACGAAGUCACUUUUGAUGCUAGCAGUACCAAAAGCCCCAUGUACCGACCAGAAGGUUCCUCACUAAGUGGCAAUGUUCUUGAAGAUUCUGUUGGAUACUGGGAACCCGAAUACGUCAAUGUCGAUCAAUGGCUCGACAUAAAGUUCGAAAAACCUGAACCAAUCUACGGCAUCAUUCUACAAGGUAGCAGCAUGGAAGACAUGUUUGUAACCAGCUAUAGAGUGCUCUUCUCUGAAAACGGUGAUGCUUUCUCCUACGUGUUGGAUAACAAGAAGGAUCCACGAGUAUUUAGAGGCCCUGUAGAUAAGUUUAAGCCGGUAGAGCAAAAGUUUUACGUUCCUAUUGAAGCUAAGGUUAUUCGGAUAAACCCAUUGUCCUGGCACAAUGGAAUAGCGAUGAAAGUAGAAUUACUUGGCUGCCAAGAACUUAUGAUUAACACCACUUUAACAGAGCAGAAUGUUACAUUAAUAACAACGCCGUUGACUGAGAAAGUUAUAAAUCCAGUAUGUGACGAGCCAAUGGGUCUGGACAGUGGUUUGAUUUUUGCCGAGCAGAUAUUGACAUCAUCAUCUUCCACAGAUUUGUUGCCAAAUCUGAAAUUAACAUCUCCUAAUGUUUGGCAUCCUAAGCUAGACAAUCCACACCAAUAUGUUACGAUAGACUUUUUGGAAGCUCGCAAUUUAACAGGAGUUGCAACAAAGGGCGGCGAAGACACCUGGACAACUGUAUACAAAAUCUUUUACAGUAAUGACAAUCGUCAGUGGAACCCGGUGGUCGAUGAUAAUGGCAUGGAAAAAGAAUUCUUGGCUAACUUUGAUUCUGAGACUGUAAAAAAGAAUUACUUCGACAAGCCAUUGCAUGCAAGGUACCUGAAGAUACAACCGAUAAAAUGGCAUAAUCAUAUAGGCCUGAAAAUUGAGGUGUUGGGUUGCUUCCUACCGUAUCCAUCCAUUACAACAACUACCGAGAAGGUAGCAACUACACCGAAAAUAAUGCAACCAUAUGUUGAGGAAUGCAAUAUUUGUAAGGGAGUAACUAAUGAAGAUCAAAAUAGUUGCAAAUGCAAUGGAUCCUACUGGUGGAAUGGGAAUACCUGUGUGAUUAAGCAAGAAUGUCCUUGUGUAGUUGGACACAUUACGUAUAACGUGGGUACAACCUACAUAACCGAAGAUUGUCAGGAAUGCGUAUGUACAUUGGAUGGAAUUUCUUUCUGUCAGCCAAAGAAGUGCGAUUCUUGUCAGGAACCAGAAAUGCGAGCAGUAGUAAAUGAACUCUGCAAUUGCGCGUGCAAACCUUGUCCUACAGGUACUCGCCAUUGUCCAACCAGUGACAUUUGUAUUGAUGAGAGUUUUUGGUGCAAUGGAAUCCAAGAUUGUCCAGAUGACGAGAAAGAUUGUAACGUAAUUCCAACAACAAUGUCUAUGUUCGAAUUUAGUACUACAGAACAAGGGGAGAAUACAACCUUAACAUCAACUACAGUUCCACAAGUGUGCCAAAAUCCGGUCUGUCCACCUGGUUAUAAAAUAAGCUCAAAAUCAUUUACGAAACAUUAUAAAAAAUCUCAAACGAAAGGAGGAGUGAAAUCUUUAUCUAAACAUUCUUGGAGAACUAAAGGAUUGAGGAAAUCCAUGAAGGAGUCAAAAUAUAUUGAAAAUCAAGAGUCACAAAAUGAAACCGAGUGUGCACAAUUUAUUUGCGUGCCCUACAAACCGCCAGUAAUUGUUGACCAAGGCAAGCCACAGACUUGUCCAAAGGCAUCUUGUCCCGAAGGUUACACUGUCGUUUAUGAACAAAUGAGCAUGUACAAGCUUCAGAAGUGUCCAAAGUAUACUUGCAAACCACCAGCACCAGAAGAAGUUGUUUGCAAUGUAACAGGAAGAACGUUCAGCACGUUUGAUAAGUUAGAGUAUAAGUAUGAUAUUUGUAACCAUAUAUUGGCCAGAGAUAUGUUUGCCAAUAAGUGGUACGUAACAUUGGAGAAGCAGUGUGAUACACAGACUAGUCAGUGCAAUCGAAUCUUGGCAGUGAUGCACGAUGACGACGUGAUUGUCAUAUACCCUGACAUGCACGUAGAUGUCAAUGAAUAUAGCUUUGCACCAAAUCAAAUAGCGCGACUUGGCAACCAAUUUUCUUCGUUCAAGAUAUCUUCUAUUGGAGACAUUACGUACUUAGUAUCAAACCACUAUGGAUUCUGGGUAAUUUGGGAUUCAAAUUCUGAUGUGAAGUUAGGGGUCCCAACGAAAUUAGCUCGUCGAGUAGACGGUUUAUGUGGCUAUUUUGAUGGAUCAAUGGCAAAUGACAGACAACUGCCUGAUGGAAGUCAGGCACGAAAAACUUUAGAAUUUGGAAACAGUUGGGCAAUGGACGGUGUGCCGGAAUGUGAUUCACAGAUUUGUCCCCACGACAUGAAAGUAGAAAGCCGGAAGAUUUGUAACGUGGUAAAAGAUUCAUCGUUGGUAGUGUGUUCCAAUAUCGUGAACUUGGAUAAAUUCGUGUCUCAUUGUAUGGAAAGCACGUGUAACUGUCUUCGUAGCAAUCAUACUUAUGAUGAAUGCCGUUGUCGUUUGUUGACUAGUUUCGUUACCGAAUGUCAGGCUAGUGACUUAAAUAUAGAUCUAUCGACUUGGAGGAGUACACACGACUGUCCUAUCUCUUGUACUCCACCACUUGUCCAUAAAGAUUGCUACAGAAAUAAAUGCGAAACAAGUUGUGAUAACUUGCAACAAAUAGACCCUUGCCCAGUGAUGCAGGGAGUAUGUUUCUCUGGUUGUUUCUGUCCUGAAGGAACAGUACGUAAUGGCGACGAGUGUGUAUCACCAACGAAAUGCAAAGAUUGCGUUUGCGAGUGGUUGGACAAUUCAAAGGUCAUCAGUUUUGAUAGGAAGAAUAUAAAAUUCGACGGCAACUGCACGUAUGUUGUGUCAAGAGAUGUUAUUGAGAACAAAAAAGGCCACAGGGAUUAUACAUAUCAGGUGUUGGUUUCAAAUGGAAUAUGUGAUAUUGGCACGUGCACAGAAACAGUUGCAGUUCUUUACAAUGAACACAUUGUUGAGAUUAAGAAAGGUUUACCACUUCAAGAGUUCGAAGUGAUAAUUGAUGGUACAAAUGUACACGAGUCUCCUUUCAACGCAUCCUGGUUGAUUUUGGAACAAACGCCCUCGGAGAAGCUGCAACUGUUGAUACCAGCUAUUCAGCUAGAACUUACUAGCUAUCAGCCUAAUUUCGCAUUUACUCUCACUCUUCCUUCGCAUAUUUUUGGAGGAACAAUGGAAGGUCUUUGUGGCAAUUGUAACGCGGAUUCUGAGGAUGACCUAAAAAAACAGAAUGGAGAGAUAGCGAAUGACAUGCAGGACUUUGGUACAAGCUGGUUGGUCACCGAAUCACCACACGGCAUCAACCUGAACACGGAAGCAUGUAUUUCUAAAAAUCAAAGCAAAUGUGUUCUACCAGCAGCUGAUCAAGAUUUAUGUAGAAAUUUAUUAAAUGCAAACGACUUCGGACUCUGUCACAGCCUCGUAGAUCCAAUUCCAUACUUAAUAGCCUGUCAAGAUAGUAUUUGCACUGGAGGCGGCUACUGCGAUAGCUUCGAAGCUUAUGCAAGGAAGUGUCAGCAGGCGCAAGUUUGUCUAAUUUGGAGAAGCAGUGAAAUGUGCCCUUACACCUGUCCACCACAUUUGGAAUAUCAGCCAUGUGGUUCUGCCUGCAAGGAAACUUGCGACUCUAUCAACGAAAUCGGUAACUCUAAGUGUUCGAAGAGCUUUGAGGAAGGUUGUUUUUGUCCACAAAACUUUGUCUUUCACAAUGACACUUGCAUACCAAAAGAUAAAUGUUUUGUGUGCGACGAGGAAGGCCAUGUCGAAGGCGACGUUUGGUUUCCAGACGUUUGCACUAAAUGCACCUGCGAUAAGAAAGUUAUUAAUUGUCAAAGAACUGAAUGUCCGGCUGUGAACACUAUUUGCGAAGAAAACAUGACACCUGUCGCUGUUAAUGGAACGGAACAAGACUGCUGUAGAAAGUACAUCUGCAUACCGAACGCUGUAACAACUGUAGCACCCUUCUGCAGAGAGGAAACGCAAAUGCCUGAAUGUGGUUAUGGGCAAACUAUGAAGAUAUCUACUGACACUGAUGGAUGCAAAAAGUUUAUCUGCGAGUGCUUGCCACCGUCCGAGUGUCCCAUGUUGAACCAAGUUGAUCUUGAAGUUGUGGAACUAGAACCUGGUUUUGUGCAAACGACAAACACAUCUGGAUGUUGCCCAAGGUCAAUGUCCAUUUGCGAUCCACAAACGUGCCCUCCAGUGCCGACUUGCUCAGAUUAUUACGAAUUAAGAACGAAUAUGAAAGAGAAUGCUUGUUGUGCUGACCAUCAAUGUGUUUUACCAAAGGAUCUUUGUCUGUACAAUAUUCGAUCGGACACUAAAAUAGAAUUGUCAGAGCAGGUGGUAGUGAAGAAACUAGGAGAACAGUGGAUGGACGACAAAUGUACUUCCUGUGUUUGUGAACCUUCUGAUGAAGGUGCGAAACCGAAAUGUUCUACAAUGGAGUGUUUGAAAGCCGAGGAUCAUCCAGAUAUAUUUGAUUUUGUUGUGGAAGAAGUUCCAGUAGAGGAUAAAUGUUGCCCUAACUUUAAAAGAUCCGCCUGCAAAGAUAAAGGGGAGACAUAUAAUGUAGGUGAUGUCUGGCAACUGAAUCCUGAAGAUAUUUGCACUUCAAUGGAGUGCAUCAAAGACGAAAAUGGCAUUCGAAAGCACAUUAAGGUUCAGGAAUGCAAUUCUGUUUGUGAUCUUGGUUUCAAAUAUCAGCCUAGCGACAAUAAGAGUAUCAAUUGUUGCGGGCAAUGCGUACCAGUAGCUUGUGUCGUUGGCAACCAAUUGAAAUACGUGGAAGAAGAAUGGUACUCCGAUGAUUUCUGUACCCAGUAUUCUUGCAAGCUUAACAAUGAAACCGUGCAUGUGGAAUCGAUUACAGAAAAAUGUCCAGAGAUAGAUCCUCGGGAAGAAGCUGCAUUUGAAUUUGAAAAAGUGCGCAUGCCAGGCAUCUGUUGUCCUCAGUUUUAUAAAAUCGGUUGUCGCUACAACGACAAAGUGUACGAACCCGGAGAAGUCUGGACAAAUACGUUGGAUAAAUGCGUUACAGAAGUUUGUGUGCUAGAUUCGAACGUAACGAAAUACGGUAAAGUAGAAUCUUGCUCGAAAGAAUGCGCACUUGGAUGGACGUACGAAGAACAAGAGGGCGAGUGCUGUGGAAAAUGCAAACAGACUUAUUGCGUGUUUGGAGACAUGUUAUAUGAACCUGGUGCAUCUUGGUCGUCUGCUGACAACUGCACUUUUUACUCCUGCAUGGAUCAAAGGGGUCAACUGUCUGUCAGUAGCAGUUCAAUGAUUUGCCCUGACAUAACAAACUGUCCGAACACAUCAAUUUAUACUCAAAACUGUUGCAAGAUGUGCAAUCUAACAUCAUAUAAUCAAAAACUUGAUCUGUGCGUUGCCGAUGUCCUUGAUCCACAAAGUACCAUUGGCAUGUUUAGUACGAAUCAUCGACUGCAUGGAUUUUGUAAAAAUGUUGAGCCUAUCGAAGGUGUCACAGAAUGUCGUGGAAAGUGUGAAUCUACAUCUUAUUUUGACACAGACACUUGGAGUCCAGCAGUCAACUGCCAGUGUUGCCAACCUACUGAUCAGAGGACUCUUAUAGUUGAACUGAUGUGCGCAGAUUACAAAAGGUUGAAAAGGAGAGUGGUUAUGCCAGUUGCUUGUUCAUGUUCAACAUGCAAAUCCAACGAUUCCAGCUAUACGGGAACCAAAGGAGGAGUUAAGGGUUGAAGAAUUUGGAAGCAUAAAUAAAGUUACUACGGGUACUUUUCAGGGUGUUAAAGCAAUAGGUUGGAAUAAGUAUUUUGUAGUGUUAAAAUAGACGAUAAAAUACAAAAAUAUUAUUCGUUGAUUUUAUUGAAUAAUGCACAUAUAUGCCUAUAUGUAUAUAUAUAUACAUUUUUAACAAUUCAUAUAUCGACUUUCUCCAAAGGUAUAUCAGAGUUCAUACUUUGAAUUCCGGAGCAUACUAAGUACAAUAAAAAUUAUUCAGUCUUCCUUAACAAGACUUUACUUUUUUUUCAUAAAUACAUAUAUGCACGCACUAUCGAUUUUGCUGCUUUGUACUUCAGGAUUCAGAAACUUUUAUUUUUCAUGUACAUAUGGUUUACUUUUGGAACAUACGUGGAAGGUUGUCAACAAAUCUUGGGGCAUCCAUGUAGUUUGGAUCAUAAAUCAAAAAUAAUAAUUUAUAUGAAAAACAAAAAUAAAUAAAAGCUUCAACACCGAA